AUGAGCGCCGAGGCGCUCGGGGCCGUCGGCGACCACCUCGAGCUGGUGGCGCAGCUGCUCCGGGGCCAGGCCGCCGUGCGGGGCGAGGGCGACGGCGCGGAGCUCGGGGAGCUGCUCGCGGCGUUGACGAGGAGCAGCGCCGCCCUGGGGGCCCAGCGCCUGCGCGCGCCCAGCCGCGCCCCGCCCGCGCCCAGUGCCCCGCCCGCGGCUGCCGAGCAGGGGCUGCGCGCAGGCGCAGCCGCGUUUUUUGUUCUUCUACCAUCGGCCGCCGCCGCAGCUCAUCGGGGCCGACUACCCCGCGGUCGCAGAGGACGAUGA